AUGAGUGCUGCUGUUCUGCCAAUCAAAGAAUUGGCCACGAGACUUGAAGGAUCUGACGAUCCCGAGUUUAUCACACUGCUAGGCUGUUUGCGAUCUCCACGGUACGUAGAUGAGCGAUUACUCAAAUCGGACCUCAGCCUGCUGGCUGCUAAGACUUUGGCAUUGUUGAGAUCUAGUCAGGAUGCCACUGUUUGGCGUGGCUGUCAUACGAGCGUGGUGAUCUGCUCUUACAAUCCAUUGGUGUUGUGUGGUCAUGGAGGCCAGCUGCUGGCUGCGAUUUAUUCGAAACUUGAACAUAAAGUUGAAUACUACUCAUCAGCUGUCCAGACGCCACAGUCUGCAGUGUUGUUGCAAGCAUUGGUUUACGCUUUGGGGAGCUUGAUCAACCUGAUGCGAGGCAAGCCGGCUUUAUCGAGAGAAAGCCUCGUUCCUCAACUGAAGGUUAUCAUUCCGUUGCUCGUGAAAUUGGCUCGAUUGGAACCGAAACUGGCGUUGCCCGUUUUGAAGACACUACUUUACAAGAACACCACGACUUUCAGGCCCUUUGCGAGCAAGUUUCGGGCGGUCCUUUCAGAGCUUCUUAUCAAGGAAUAUGAGCUCUGCGACAAAGAAACUCAGCGUUUGAUCUGCGAUAACUUUGCUUAUCUGCAUCUGAUCAGGCUGGCUCCUUCCAACGGCGCAGAUGAGACUCAAGCUCAUCACAAGACGUACCAAGACGAUACUUGGAAGAUGGGUAUUUUCUCAGUUCUGGCUAAAUUUAAGCCUAUCCUCGAUCUUUGCGGCGAGUUCUUGGAUUUGGAGCAAGACAAAGAAAUUCAAAAGCUGAUUCAGAGUCUCAAUGUAACCGAAGAAGGUGCCAAUGCAGGCGACUUUUUGCCUGGCCUAAAACUAGACAUGAAUUCCCCUUUGACUUUAUGGGAAGCUCCACGUCGCUUGUCUCUGCUGCUCGACUUGCUGUCAUCAUUCAUGACUUUACCAACACCUUAUCCAGUUAGAGUGCCUUUGGGUCUCUGCAUUUCGAUCGCAGAGGGACUUUUAAGCAUGACGAGUAAUUAUCUACCUCUGAAGCGUGAUGUUCGCAGAGAUUCUGGGCUUACUUCUGUCAUUGAAGACAUUCUUCCUCAGAUUCAGUUUGUUGGUGUUCGCUUGCUAUCAAACAUCAGUCAAACCUACGGUAAACUAUGCCUGUCGCUGCUGCCUUCCAUUUUGAGUUCUCUAGAAUUGUUCAUACCACUCCAGCAAAAAUCAAGCAGGAUUGACCUUCAGAAAUGUGUCUCAUUAAAGUAUGAGUUUAUGACACUAUUCUCUUUGGUCACUACAUUUCUGUCUCACACGGGACAUCAACUGAACGAGGUUGGCUUGAUUAAAAAACUGGUGGACGUAUCGUUGCAUCUCACAGAAGACCAUUCUGCCCUAGAUUUUAGUGCCAGUCGAGACAUCAAGGCAAUUCGGAAUAAAGAUUCUAAACAAAAGCAGAAGAAGGAGCAUUCAAACGCGUCAAUUUCAGACCUCUACGUACAGCCAGAGAGUUUCAGAUUCAAAUGCUCUGAGCGCUGCCUGUUUGAAAUCAACCGUUUCUUGCAAGUUAUUGUGAGCAAUUGGAAAUUGCCCACCAAUGAGCAUCUGAAAAUUCUGAAAUACACCAUUUCCACAGCCGUCAAGUGGAAAGAGCAAAGGGGUUACGUUCCAGAGUCAUACGUUAAACUGCUUAGAGCGGAAGUACUAAACCCUGGCGCAGAGCGCGUCUCUAUAUUGCCAAUAGCCGUCUCUCUUUUGAAUAACGCAAACGAUGAUAUUUUCGAUCUCUUAUGCCAUCCAAGGUUGCCAAUGAGCUUGGUUCAUAAUGUGAAAUUAGCUACCCCUAUGACCGAAGAGCCAAUUGAAGAGAUUUAUGAACAUAUUCCAACCGAAGCCGACGAAGAUCAAUCACCACGCUCACUCCCCACCGCUGCUGAAACAGACCCCGUUGUAGAGGAAAUUAAGCCACCAGCCGAUGAGAGACGGGAGCCAUCGAAGCACUCUAAUGCCGCUUUCAAUGAAAGUGUCGCGGAAAAUCGGUCUUCAUCAGACAUUCCAGCUGUGUCUAUUGUUGAAGAAGUAUCCGAUACAACAGACGUCAGAAAAAGAGAGUUCGACGUUGAGGGUGCGCCAUCAUUCUUCACAAAGCGCACCAAAAUCGGUGCAGAUGAAACAAGGGCAUCCUCAGCCAUCUCUGAAGUCGUCACCGUUGAGAUUUCAGGCGAAAAGGACCUCAAUGCUGCCGAUUCGAAGAGCAUGGAGGAAAGUACGAUAAAAGAAAGCAACCCCGCUUCAGAUGGGGAUUCCGACUUUGAAAUGCCAACCAUCAACGUCAGUGAGGAUGAGGACGACAAGGAAGAUAGUGAAGAUGAAGAUGCUUAA